AUGGUUAUUUCUGCUGAGAUUAAAUUUACUUUAAUGUCUUUAUGUGGACUUUAUGUAGUUUGUGUGCUGGAGAGGCAAAUAUUUGACUUCCUUGGAUAUCAGUGGGCACCUAUCCUGGCAAAUUUUGUACAUAUUAUUAUCGUCAUUCUUGGUUUAUUUGGAACCAUUCAAUAUAGACCUCGUUACAUAACGGGAUAUGCUGUCUGGCUAGUCCUCUGGGUUACGUGGAAUGUGUUUGUUAUCUGCUUCUAUUUGGAGGCUGGGGACCUCUCAAAGGAAACAGACCUUAUCCUGACUUUUAAUAUUUCAAUGCACCGAUCUUGGUGGAUGGAGAAUGGACCAGGAUGUACGGUGACAUCAGUGACUCCUGCCCCAGACUGGGCGCCAGAAGACCAUCGCUACAUCACGGUCUCAGGGUGUUUUCUGGAGUACCAGUACAUAGAAGUGGCUCACAGUUCCCUCCAGAUUGUCCUCGCACUGGCAGGGUUCAUCUACGCCUGUUAUGUUGUGAAAUGUAUAACUGAAGAAGAGGACAGCUUUGAUUUCAUAGGUGGCUUUGAUUCUUACGGCUAUCAGGGGCCUCAGAAGACGUCUCAUUUACAGCUGCAGCCCAUGUACAUGCAAAUUCCCUUGGAUAACAACUGA